AAGGGAGUUAGGGGCGUCUCAGUUGCCAUGGAGACCAGAAGCCCUAAAGGGCGGAGGUCCGCCGACUCCGCGAUCCACGAGUACGUGGAGACAACGUGGGCGCCAACCUUGAGUCCAGCGGGGUCCAGCAGCCCCAGCAAGCCCACCCGGAAGUCCUGCCGCGCCUACUCCGAGGGCUUCCACUAUAGCUUCGCGGCCAGGCCCCGUCGCCUCACGCCGCUCACGCUCGCCCCGCACCCGGAGCCGCAGCUGCUUCGCCUGCGCCCCUCCUCGCUGCGCACCCAAGAAAUUUCGCACUUGCUCACCGGCGUUUUCCGCAACUUGUACUCGGCCGAGGUGAUCGGCGAGGACGUGAGCACAAACCUGAUCAAGUCCCGCGGCAGCGAGAAUGCUCGCCACGAGGAGUUCGUGGACGAACUACGGCAGAUUCGGGAGCUCUAUAAGCAGCGGCUGGAUGAGGUUGAGAUGUUGGAGAGACAUAUCAUUCAGGCCCGGGCACGGUCCCUUGCGGAGAAGGAGCGGGCCAUGACCCAGGCCAAAGUGCAGGUCCUUGAGGACCUCGUCAAGUUGCCUCCAGUGAAGACUGUCUUCAGAUGGUGUAUAGACAGCCAGUUGCUACAGAAACAUCAUUUGAUCUGCCCAGAAGAUUACUACAGCGACACAGUGCCAUUUUGCUCUGCACCUAAAGCCAUCUUCCUCCCUGGAUGUUCAAAACUGACAUUUAGUUGUGAGAAGCGUUCUGUCCCAAAGAAAGAGCUGAACAAGAAGCUUGAAGUUUCAUGUAAGCAGCAGCUUGUUAAGUUUGAAGAUGAGUUAGACCACACUGUGGACAGCCUGUCAUGGGACUCAACUCCUAAAGUCAAACAAAGGGCCAGAGAAACUGUCAAGAAGACAAGUCUGGCAAAAAAUAAAAAUUGGAUGAACCACUUACGUGUGCCACAGAGACAACUAGAGCGACUUCUGCUUGCCAGAAUGGAGAGUCGGAACCAGUUCCUAAAAAACCCUCGGUUUUUCCCUCCUAACACUCCAUAUGGAGGGAAGUCUCUUGUUUUUCCUCCAAAGAAGCCAGCACAGAGAGGAGAAUUCCAGAGUGUAGAGCCAGAAGAGAGUUGUACUGAAGCUCCAGUGUUUCUAGCUAAGCCAUCAAUUGGAUUUUUCACAGAUUAUGAAAUUGGAUCAGUUUAUGAGAUGGUAAUCGCGCUGCAGAACACCACCUCGACCAGCCGCUACCUGCGAGUCCUCCCACCUUCCACCCCACACUUCAGUCUGGGGUUGGGGAUGUUUCCAGGAAAAGGUGGAAUGGUGGCUCCUGGAAUGACCUGCCAGUACAUUGUCCAGUUUGUUCCUGACUGCCUUGGGGAUUUCGAUGAUUUUAUUUUAGUGGAGACCCAGUCAGCCCACACGCUCCUGAUCCCCCUGCAGGCCCGGAGGCCACCACCAGUGCUGACAUUGUCACCAGUAUUGGACUGUGGUUACUGCCUCAUUGGGGGAGUAAAGCUGACCAGAUUCGUCUGCAAAAAUGUGGGCUUCAGUGUUGGCAAGUUCUGCAUUAUGCCCAAAAAGAGCUGGCCGCCACCAAGUAUCAGGGCCGUUGCAACUUUUGGCUUUGUUGAGCAACUUCCGUUUGGAAUCCUGCCUUCAGUGUUUGAGCUGGCCCCAGGGUAUGCCACAUUAGUGGAGGUCUUGUUCUACCCAAGGAGCCUAGGGAAGGCAGAGCAGACCUUCAUCAUCGUGUGCGACAACUGCCAGACACAGGAGCUGGUGAUCGUAGGAACCGGGCAGCUGGUUGCGCUGGAUCUGAUCUAUAUUUCUGGUGAAAAAAGUCAGCCGGAACCUGGAGAGCUCACAGACUUAACAGCCCAGCAUUUCAUACGGUUUGAGCCUGAAAACCUUCUGUCCACAGCUAGAAAACAGCUGAUUAUUAGAAACACUACGCACGUGGAGCUGGCCUUCCACUGGCAGAUCGUGAAGCCCAACCUGCAGCCCCUAAUGCCUGGAGAAACCUACAGCAUGGACAGCAUCAAAUACCACCCAGACAGGGAGACUGCCUUCUCCAUCGUGCCCAAAAAGGGUGUUCUCAGCCCCCACACGGACCACGAGUUCAUCCUGAGCUUUUCUCCUCAUGAGCUGAGAGAUUUUCACAGUGUGCUCCAGAUGGUACUAGAAGACGUCCCAGAACCCGUAAGCUCAGAAACGGAGAGCCUGGAGGAUUCUGCAUACUGUGUGGAUGACGUGAUUGUCCUGGAAAUUGAAGUGAAAGGCUCAGUAGAGCCCUUCCAGGUUGUCUUAGAACCAUAUGCCCUCAUCAUCCCAGGGGAGAACUACAUUGGCAUAAAUGUGAAGAAAGAUUUUAAGAUGCGGAACAACAGCAAGUCGCCCAUCAGAUACAUGUGGGGGAAGAUCAGCGACUGCCACAUCAUUGAAGUAGAACCCUGCACAGGGGUCAUAGAGCCCAGUGAAGUCGGGGAUUUUGAGCUAAACUUUACCGGGGGUGUCCCUGGCCCAACAAGCCAUGACCUGCUGUGUGAAAUCAAAGACUCGCCCUCGCCGGUGGUGCUGCACAUCGAGGCGGCCUUUAAGGGGCCUGUCCUGUUCAUCAACGUCCCAGCGCUUCAGUUUGGUCUCCUCCGCCUGGGGCAGAAAGCCACCAUCUCCGUGGAGAUCCACAACAUCAGCCAGCUCCCAGGCAGGUGGCACAUGAAGGAGAGCCCCGUCUGCCUGGAAGAAAGGCUUGAGGAUGUGUCUCCCUUCGACAUUGAGCCUUCCAGUGGCCAACUUCACCCUCUGAGGGAGUGCAGAGUGGACGUCACCCUGGAGGCUUUGCACUGCCAGCGCCUGCAGAGCGUCCUGGAGCUGCAGGUGGAAAACGGGGCCUGGAGCUACCUUCCUGUGUAUGCUGAAGUACAGAAGCCCCACGUGUACCUGCAGAGCAGCCAGGUGGAAGUCAGCAACCUCUACCUGGGUGUACCCAGAAAGGCAGCCGUCACACUCAUCAAUGGCACGCUCCUGCCCACCCGGUUCCUCUGGGGCAAGCUCCUGGGGCACCAAGCAAACUUCUGCACAGUGACAGUGUCUCCCAGACGUGGCCUGCUGGGCCCCAGUAAGGAGUGCCAGAUCAAGUUGGAGUUGACUACUCAUACCCAGGAAGAGCUGACCGAUCUAGCCCUCCUUUGUCAUGUGUCAGGAAUGAAGAAGCCACUGGUCCUAGGCAUUUCUGGGAAGCCCAAGGGACUGCAAGUGGCCAUCACCAUCUCUAUGGAUGGCUCUGACAGCAGCACACAGCAGUGGCCAGGUCACCUGAAUGAGCUCUGCCUGGACUUCGGCUCGACAGUGCCACUGAGGACCCGUGUGAAUUGCCAGCUCAUUCUCACCAACUGCUCCCCAAUACAGACCCCCUUCACCCUCAAGUUUGAGUACUUCGGCAGCCCCCCAAACAGCCUGAGCAAAAAGAGCAGCCUCCCUGACAUGCCUCCUGCCCUGCUAAAGACGGUGCGGAUCCGAGAGCACUUGGCCAGGCGAGAGCGGCUGGAUUUUAUGGAAAGUAUGUUGUCUCACGGAAAAGGAGCUGCCUUCUUUCCCCAUGUUUCCGAGGGCACGCUGGGGGCCUACCAGCAGCUGAGUAUUGACAUCACAGCGUGUGCAAACAUGUGGGGCGAGUACUGGGACAGCCUCAUCUGCACGGUGGGAGACCUGCCACCGGCAGUCAUCCCGGUGCAUAUGGCUGUGGUGGGCUGCCCCAUCAGCUCCCUGAGGACCACCUACUACACCACUAACCAGUUCCAGAAGGAGCCUGUCAUCAGGUUUGGCACUCAGGUCUCUGGAGGAGACACAGUUACCCGAACCCUUCGCCUGAAUAACUCCAGCCCGUGUGACAUCCGCCUGGACUGGGAGACCUAUGCUCCGGAAGACAAGGAAGACCGGCUGGUGGAGCUGCUGGUGUUUUACGGGCCACCCUUCCCAUUGCGGGACCAAGCUGGGCAUGAGCUCCUAUGCCCUGAGACCCCUGGGGGCAGCUUCUCCCUCUGGUCCCCAAGCCCCUCCAAUGCGUCAGCAUCCAGCCUCGAAGCUGCCCCAUCGGUUGAGGGUGGCUCCAGCGCCAGUGGCAGGGCGGCAGAGAAGUUCAUCUCAGUCAUCCUGCAGGAGCACGAGGGCGUGCCCUCCGACCACCUGUACUGUGUCAGCCCCAAGCAGGUGGUGGUCCCUGCUGGGGGCAGUAGCAUCAUCUACGUCUCCUUCUCGCCCAUGGUGCUCAGCCCCCAUAUCCUGCACAAGGUGGAGUGUACUGCCUACGCCCUGGGUUUCAUGAGCUUGGACGACAAGGUGGAAAGGGAGAUUCCAGGGAAGAGGCGUCGCCUGCAGGACUUUGCUGUGGGACCCCUGAGACUGGACCUGCAUGGCUACGUGAGGCUGGCACAGUUAAGUGUGGAGCUGGACUGUGACAGCGGCAUGGAGUUCCGGUGCCAGGCCAGUGACCUCAUCCCCGAGCAGCCCUGCUCUGGGGUGCUGAGUGAGCUGGUGACCACCCGCCAGGUGAAGCUGACCAACACUACAGAAACCCCACACUACUUCCAGCUCCUGGUCUCCAGGCCCUUCUUUGUGUCUCAAGAUGGGGCCAGCCGGAGCCAAAGAGCUCCUGGCCCUGGCCGGAAGCUGGCGUGUGAGGAGGAGACGGCCUCGUCCGGCAAGCAGCUGGUGCUCCGCCCUCAGGAGAACAUGCUGGUGAACGUGUCCUUCUCGCUCUCCCUGGAGCUGCUCUCCUAUCAGAAGCUCCCAGCCGACCGGAUGCUGCCCGGGGUGGACAUUCGGCAGAGCGCCAGUGGCGAGAAGGAGAUGGAGUUUGCUCAGGAUCUGCUCCUGGAGUACACCAACCAGACCACGCAGGUGGUGCCCCUGCGGGCCAUUGUGGCCGUGCCCGAGCUGCAGCUCUCCACCAGCUGGGUGGACUUCGGGACCUGCUUUGUGAACCAGGAGCGAGUCCGGGAAGUCUCCCUGAUGAACCUGAGUGGCUGCCGGAGCUACUGGACCGUGCUGAUGGGCCAGCAGGAGCCAGCCAAAGAUGUUGUGGCCUUCAGGGUCUCCCCAAACAGUGGGCUGCUGGAAGCACGACCCACCAAUGCACCCCCAAACUCCAUCACCCUGCAGGUUUACUUCACUGCCAGGAGCAGUGAGCUGUACGAGUCCACGCUGGUGGUGGAAGGCGUGCUCGGUGAGGCGGCCUGCACCCUGCGGCUCCGGGGCCAAGGCUCUUACGAUGAGAGAUACAUGUUGCCUCACCAGCUCUGAGGCUCUGCCCACCCCUCAGCCCCAGCCCCCAGCUGUGGAAUCAAUGUGGCCUCGGGCUGAGGAGCAGGUCUGCUGGGCAGAACAUACACUGGGACCUCUAAGCAGCUCCUGGAAUGGAGGAGCCCCCUUCCAUGACCUGGUCUCAGCAUAGGCCCUGCCAGUAUCCUCAGAGCUAAUGUAAACGAUAGGUGGAGACCUUAGCAGUUAAGAAUCAACACUCAGAUUGAGCACAAAGACCGGCAUGGCAAAAACUGGCCCGUAGGUUAACACACAUUUACUGUGUCUAUUACAGUCCCCAUCCGUGAAUCUCCCUUCCCCCAGGAAUUACACGAUGACCUUGUGGCCUGGGUGACCCUGGCUGACUUUGGCCCAGCUAGAGGGGGCCUGACAGGGGGUGAUCCCCCCACCCCACCCACUCCUAUACUAUGUCAUCAGUGUUCGUGUUUUCCAGA